CAUGUAACUUCCUGUCCAUAAGCAUAUUCAUAAGGAAUGCUCUUGGCACACCUUGAUAAGUUACUUUGGCCAAAACAGCGGUUGCUUCUUGUAAAAUACCUAAAUGGCAGCACAGAAAAGGAAGUCUACACUACUAGAACCUUCUGCUAAACGUCCAAAGCUGGAUAAGAACAGCAAUUUAGCUUCAACAAAGAAAGAAAGAGAGGUUUCAGGUACAAAACAUGUCUCAAAUAAAUCAAAGCCAAAUAAAGCUGCAGUGCAAGAGAAAACACUCAAAGCACCUACCAAACUAAACAGGUCAGUGGUAAGUAAAGACAACAAAAAUUGUACUAGGCCUUCUUCCCACACUAAACCAGUGCAGAAACAACCUAAACAGAGUGAAAUUGACUUAAACAGAAGAUCCUGUAAAAUAGGACCUGUCAGAAGAUCAACUCUAAAAUCAUUAAGUAUGGUAUCUUUUACAAAGUCACCCUCCAAAACUUCAAAAAUGAACCAUACUAGUUUCUUGAAAUCUGCAAAGACCUCUUCCAAAACGAGUCCUGAAGGAAAGAAUAAUUCUACACAAGGAAAGGUCUCUGAAAGCAAGAGACAGCAGCAAUUAAAAACAAUUUCAAAUGAUAAAAAGCAUUCAUCUGAAACCCAGAGUAGUAGACGUCCUGUCUUGCAAUGUGUAAAAACAUUAAAUACAGCGCUGCGGAGAAAUUGUGUAGAAAUGAAAUCUGUUAAAGACCAUUCUAAAGAAAAUACAUCUAAAAGCUCUAAAGAUGUAAAAACUGAUAGAGAUUUAGAACUAGACGUUAAGGGUACUAAAAAGAAUCUUGCAAAAAAGUCAUCUUCUCAAGAAGCUGAACAACAGUUGGAUAAUUCUAUUAGUGGUAACACAGAUGAACCUGAAUUAGGGAUGCGUAUGACUACAAGAUCUUCAAGCACCAACUCUAACAAUAAAAAUGUACAGCAACAACCAAAAGCCACAAUAAAUAAGGAAGUGCGCCAGAAAAAAUCUAUAAAAGAAAUUUCUAAGUCAAAAAGUACAGUUACCCCAAAUGAACAACAGAUGAGGAGGUCACAGAGAUUGCAGCAGUUAUCAGAAGUGCCAGCAAGAUCACUGCGUAACAGAGACAUUAAAGAAGGAAAAGUUUCAGAAACGAAACAAGGCACCCAGACGAAAAAACAUGAUCAAGGUGUUGAAGUUGAAACGUUUAAACCUGGUAAGCAGAAAAUAGAGCAGAAAAACAUAAAAAUAAAACUUGAUUGUACAAAUGAAGAUGGAAAAAUACUUAAAGAAAUAACUAGCUCUCCAAAAGAGAGUAAGUGUAAAGUAGACCAUAAAAACAAGGAUACCAGUGGUUCCCAACAUAGCCAUCAGGGCUCACGGUCACUUAUGGAUAAUAAUCUUCAGCAAGAAGUUAAGAAAGAAAAAGCAGACACCAAGUCUCCUAUUCCUUGCCAUGUGAAAAAAGUAGAUGUGGUAAGCCCUUUUCGACCAACUUCUGUGACAGAAAAUAAGGAAGAGCAACCAGUGCAUCAGAAUGGAAAAAGCAGUGUAAAAGUUAAGAGAGUUUCACAGCCACCAGUAAACAAAGCAGAUCAAGGCCAUCAGCCAGAGAACACUGAGAAGUCCAAACGUGUAAGCAUCCUCGAACUCUGUGAAGAAAUUGCAGGUGAGAUUGAGUCGGACACUGUUGAGGUAAAAAGAGAUUCUCCUAACACUGAGUAUGAAAAAAGAGAAGAGAAGCAUGCAGAAGAACAGCUGCGACAGACUGAAAUACUUACUCAGAAGGAACCCAAUCAAAGCACUCAGUGCAAGAGGUUCUUCCCUAGCAAAAAAGGAAUGCCUGUCAAAUGUACACUGAAUGGCAGAAAUAAUUCCACAAACAAAAACUCUAAGUGGACCAAAAUUAAACUAUUGAAAGCUAAUCACAUGAAGCAAAGUAAUUUAAAAUCUGCAAGUGUUUCCACACUUGCUUUGUUAAAAAUGAAAUCUACAGUUGCAGAGAUGAGUCGAGUGCCAGCUAUGGAAAUGCAGCUUUCAAAAGCUCCAGUCAAAUUGCCAGUGACAAAAGCAUAUGAGGAUGAAAGUAAAACUUGUUUGCGGGAGAAAUCGGAAGUUUCUUCUGAAGGAGCUAAAGCUAAAGAUGUGACAUCAGGAGCAAAACAACUCACAAAAAGAGUUGCUGAAAAUGGCUUGGAUAAUUUGACAAAACAAUGUCCUGAGCCAGCCCCAGAUGAGAGUUUCAGCCUGCAUUUGGAUUCAAGCCCAGAAAGUUCUCCAGCAAAAAGUAUUGCAGUACCUCCACCACCAAAACAAGCCAAGAAAGAGGCAGGAGAGUGUCAAUCUCAAGGUUUGGCUCCCAAGCAGUUGGUGCGUGCUUUAUUCACAAAUCAAACAUCUGAGACUAAUGAGAACAGGGUCCCUUUGUCAAAUCAUACACUAACACCAAGGUGCAGUAGUGUACUAUCAGAAGAGCAUAUUCAGAAAUUAAAAGAAGCAGGAAAAGAUGGUGAUAAGCAGCUGAUAAUUGAUGCAGGACAAAAGAGGUUUGGCGCUAUUUCCUGCAAUAUUUGUGGAAUGCUUUAUACUGCAUCAAAUCCAGAGGAUGAAACUCAACAUCUGCUGUUUCACAAUCAGUUCAUUAGUGCUGUAAAAUAUGUGGGAUGGAAAAAGGAGAGAAUUUUGGCUGAGUACCCUGAUGGCAAAAUAAUAAUGGUUCUUCCUGAUGAUCCAAAAUAUGCACUUAAAAAGGUUGAAGAGAUUAGAGAGAUGGUUGACAAUGACUUGGGGUUUCAACAAGCUCCACUAAUGUGCUAUUCUAGAACAAAGACACUUCUCUUUAUUUCUAAUGACAAAAAAGUGAUUGGAUGCUUAAUUGCUGAGCAUAUACAGUGGGGCUAUCGAGUUAUAGAAGAGAAGAUUCCAGAAGCUAGCUCAGAAAAUGACAAAGUCACAUUUGAAAGGCAAAAAGCCUGGUGCUGCUCAACUUCUCCUGAGCCUGCAAUCUGUGGGAUUAGUCGAAUUUGGGUGUUCAGCAUGAUGCGCCGGAAGAAAAUUGCUUCUCGGAUGAUAGAAUGUCUUAGGAGUAACUUUAUAUAUGGCUCAUAUUUGAGUAAAGAAGAAAUUGCUUUCUCUGAUCCAACUCCUGAUGGAAAACUCUUUGCAACACAGUACUGUGGCACUGGCCAGUUCCUGGUAUAUAAUUUUCUCAAUGGACAACAUCACACUUAAGUGGAAUUCCUUCAGCAAGUUACUAGAAGACUUCUGCUCAAAUGUACUGAAUGGGUACUGACCUUAACCAGGAGCUAGGGCCAUUUUUUUUUUAUCCCAAUGAACUCAGGACUGGUAACAGCCAAAAGGUUGUACUAUUUUAUUACAGUUGUAAACAAUGCAGUAAUAGGCUAACUUGUUUUUUUAAAGAAGAUAUUUUGUUAACUUUUACAGAAGUUUAUGAUUGUAUUUUAUCUAUAGUUAGUCAUGUUUACAUGCAGCAGAUACUUGUUCAUAGUGGACUGUAAAUUAAUGCAAGGACUAUGGUCUCACUGAUGAGUACAUAUUGAAGUUCUUAAUUUGGUGAUAUACCAGUGCUCUUUAGUACUGUACAUUUUUAGUAUUUGACCUGCUACCACCAGUUUGGAAGGUUUUAUAAGGUAGAUAGAAGAUUCUGUUUGACAACAUUUAAAACUAUAUUCAGAACAUCAAUGAAAGGAGUAUAUUAUGGCUGGGGUUGGCAGCCUAUUGCCCAUGUUCCAGAUCCAGCCUGUAGGACCACUGGAUCUGGUUGGUGGGCAAAGGGCUUCAGAGGUAGGGGGUGCCAUUUGUGGGUGCUCUCCCAUGCUACCAUGAGGAUGGGCACUGGCUGCCUCUGACUUUGGAUAGGUUGUUCCAGCCCAGAGCCAGAAAAGGCUCCCUACUUCUCUAUUAUGGUGCAGUAUUUAAUGGUGAUGAAAUUCACAGAUCACAUGGCAGGUCCUGGUAUGCUUUCUGUGCAUUCAUGUAACAGGGAUGAAUUAACCUGGGUCCUUUAGUAACAUAAAAUAUAGGACAUUUGCAUACUGUUGUUUGUGAAAGAUGAACUUAAAACAAAAGAACUGGUGUAAGGACUUCAUAUUCCUUCAAAUGCUGUACUGGGUAUAUGCCUUUGUUAUUGGACUUCAUUCUGUUACUUGUCUCUUUCAUAAAGCCCUCUUCUUUAAAAGGGUGUAUAUGUUGAAAAAAUGCUGUGGCCUUUCUUGAUCUGUAUAUAAUGUAGAUUUAAAAAAUAAAGUACUUGAUAGCUUUUUUUAAA